CAGGCACUACCUCGUACCGAGAUCAGCAAGAGCGAGUUUGCAGUAAUUAAAUAGAAAGCAAUGCGCAUCACUUUCCGCGUGCGGCCGCGCCGAACACUUGCGCGCUUCUCGUCCGACGCGAGGGCCCGGUUCGCCGGUCGCUACGCGCUGGGCAAGCACAUGCCCGCCGUCGAGACCAAGCAGGGCAUGCGGUUCGCCUGGCGCGGCGAGGACCGGGCGGUUCGAGUCCUCGGCGGCGCGUCGUCGGAAAUCUUGGGCGGCGCGAACUUGGCCGAGGUCCUGAGAGACGGGUUCGAGAUCGAGCAGCGCGCGUUCCGCGCGCUCGAGCGGGGCGAGCCGGCCGAGCCGCUGUCCAUACACACGUCGGCGGGCGUGCCCAAAAGCCUCGACGACUUCUUGGCGGCGCUACGGCCGCACCUGCCGAGCUGGGCCCAGGCCGAGGACGACUGGUGCGUGAACCUGCAGGCGGAGGGGUCGAGCGCCGUCCACGCCGCCAUCGACAUGGCCAUACAAGUCACGCAGCCCGGGGCUGAUUUGACGGCGCCGGCGGCUCGGACGCGGGUGGCGUGCGGCGCUUCUUCGUACCACGGACCUGCUUCGACGUCGCCAGGUGGCGGCAUCCCCUUGGGCGCGGCCGCCAAGGGCCUGACCCAUCCCGUUCGCUAUCCGGUCCCGUCGCCCUUCCUCCGCUUCCGGGACGAAUCCGACGACGCUUUUCACGCGCGAUUACGAGCGGAGUUCAUCGAGUAUCUUGAUGCGUACGAGCACGAGCUCGGCGUCGUUCUGUUCGAGCCGCAGUGGGGUUCGAGUGUCGCGUCGACGCCGUGGCCCCCUCAGUUGCUGCGGGCCUACGUGACCGAGGCAAAGCGACGAGGCCUGGCGGUGGUUUGCGAUGAAGUCAUGUGCGGUCUCGGAAGGCACGGGCAGGACCCCCGCGGGGCCACUGGUUGUUUUCUGACCGAGUGUUGGGACCUCCGGCCGGACGUCGUAACGUUCGGCAAGUCCGUCGGCGGGGGCGCGGGGCACUUGCUGUCCGGCGCUAUCUUGCUGAAGGGCGCAUCGGCGCUCGCCGCCGCCUCGCAGACCGCGUACCAGUCACACACCUACGCCGGGUCCUCCGUGAGGGCGCUCUGCAACGCCGCGUCGCUGCUCGACAGACUGGAGUCGCUCCGCGCGGACGUGCGACGCGUCGAGGCCGCCGUGAAGCCCGCCCUCGACGCGCUGCGGGAGGAGAGCGGCGGUCGGGUGCUCACGCAGGGCCAGGGCGCGCUCUGGGGCGGCCUCUUCGCGCACUCGAGUCUGGCGGAACGAAGCGUGGCGAACGUCGCUCUCAAGGAGAAGUGCGCCGCGGCCGGCGUGUUGCCCUACUUCGUGCCAGUCGGCGGCUUCAUGCUGACGCCGCGCUACGACGAUGAUCCGGAACUAUUACGCGCGGCAGUCGGGGACCUGGCCCAGUGCUGCCUCGAAGUCGUCGAGGAGAUGAAGUGGUCCGACGGAGAUCUCUUGCCGCGCGUGCGUGCUUGAAGGAACCAAGUACGAAUUGGCGUCCCUAGCGUGAACGGCGAGGGCGCUAUUAAUUGUUCGAGCGUCCUUAGUCCCAGGCUGGGACAGGAGCGGCGAAGAGCAGCGGUCAUUGAUUUAUGCACUUAACAUCUAACUAGCCUAGACCCCAGACUUAG